UGCUUAUGCCGAUACGAUGCCGAGUAAGAGCAUGGGUUUGAGGUGGUAUUGAAGUAGAGAGUAGAGGAGCGCUGGCUACGUCGUACUCCGAGACGAGCACCAGUUACCGCGGAACCGUUGCCUUGACGACACACGCGUGUGUUGACGCAUGCGCACACCUAUCGCCUUUAGACCCGCGGUAUCGUGUUUGUUUAUUGUAAAUGAUACAACACCUUAUACCUAUACCUGGUUUCCUUCAGAGUUUAGUUCUCUCGUGUGUCUACUCGACGUUGUGUUUUGUUUAGUCGCCAUAGCACGCGUUCGGAUUUUUAAAUAAUAUCCAUUAUUUAUUUUUAAAAAUUGUGCUUUUGUUCUUAUUAUGGUGUGACUCCUAGACUUCUUGUUCUCCAAAACUAAGGACGUCAUUAAUUGCCAAGUUUUUUGACAGGAGCUGUCACUUAAAACGUCACUUUGCUUACCAGUGCUAAUUUUUUUUUUUUUUUUUAAUUUUAUUGUUGCAAAUGGUUUUUGUAUGAGAGCGAUAAAAGUAUAUAAUUAAUUUAUAUAAAUGUGGACUUGAGUAGUUUGGCACGUCUCCGGGGAUUUAAAUACCAGGAGACAUGUUGCCAGUUUUUUUACCUGUACUUGUAUUGAUGGUUACCAGACACUGAAAAUGUGCAGCGGUGACAGAAAGUGUCAAAAAGUGGUAAAGUGUUUGAGUUGACGUGUUGACAAUUUUUGUGGAAAAAAAAAAAAAAAGAACUUGAGUAAAAUUUGAAUUAAUAUUAAUAAUAUUUUUAGAUAAUUAAUUUUGAAUUGUUGAUGUGACAAGAGGUGACAAUUAAGCGCCGCGAGGAAAUAAAAUCUUCUGGUGGCAGUUGAAUGGUUCCGCGGGAGGCCGCCCUCGAGAGUGUCUGGGAGCAUCCAGAGCCGGAACAGCGAGGCUUUUACGACUCGCCGCCCCCCCGGAUGGACGUGAGCGUGUGCUGCUUGCAGCCCAGCGCCGGCUCGGGGGUCCAGCACCCUUCCUCCUCAAAUCAUCACCACCAGCCCCAUCACAUCUCUCAUCACAGUCUCCACCACAACAACGGCCACCACCAUCACAUAAACAACCACAUCACACACAACCUCAGUCACAGCAGCCAUAAUCACGGCAACCACAAUCACAGCCACCAUAACCACAUCCAAAGUGCCUUGCCGUCUGCUGGACAACCUACGAUACAACCGACUUAUCAGUAUGCUGAUCAAAUAGUACCCGAUCGAGGUCAGCCCGACGGACUUACGCUGGUCAACGCUGCACAGGAUGCUUGGCAGCAAAAUACAACCACCGGCACUGCCGGUAUUGCCACCGCUACCACUUACAUUGAUUACUCAUGGCUGCAAAUGCAGACAUCGGACCUGGACACUCUGCUCUGCCGGCAAGAUCUUGAGCAGUUGCAAAAACUCGAUGAGGAUGACCCAGAAAAAAGUGCGCGAGACAGUCUGCCGAUUGAUGAUUUUUUCGAGACGACUGGACCGGCGGCAUGCAGACCGCAAGCGAGUUUUGUUUCGUCACGAAGUCAACCCGCGAGCAGCGACGACGAUGUGUUUCUCAGGCCGCCACUGUGGGAGGACAUCACGUCGAGCAUUCAGAAGCUUGACCCGGAGAAUGCCGACAUGCUCGGCUCGCAGUCGACGUUGUCAUCAACCUCUUCGUCCUCGACGUCGCUGUCGUCCCACGUCAAAAUGGAAACCGAGGACGUGACAUCACCUGUACUAUCACCGGUUGAGAUAAAGAGCGAGCCACUGGCCGCGCCGCCGACCCUCCAUUUACUCGAGGGUCGGCAGAACAACGUGCCGAGCUUCGCCAGGGAGCAGUCCCAUCAGCGGACGGCUCUCAAGACCUUUCAAAAUAACAACAACAACAACACCACUACUAAUAACAAUAACCAUAACAAUAAUAAUAAUAAUACUAAUAACAACAACAACAAUAAUAACAAUAACAGUAGUAAUAAUAAUAAUAAUAGUAGUAGUAAUAACAAUGAGUCCCCGGGUAAUCAUCAUAGUCACCAGCCGAGCGGUAAUGCCACCUCGCCGCUCUAUGGAUCCAUGACGAGGCUCAUGUACGUCUCCCCGUUGACGCCCCCAAUCUCCGACCCUGGGUCACCUCUUGGUGGCCCUCCUCGACGGACACCUCCGCCCCCAUAUCCCCAGCCGCCCAUGCUGAAUCCGUCCCACAGGAUCCAAACCUCUGGGAUCGCUAAAUUUAAUCGUAGGAAUAAUCCGGAGUUGGAAAAACGACGGGUUCAUCAUUGCGAUUUUAUCGGUUGUACAAAGGUCUAUACAAAAAGUUCGCACCUCAAAGCUCAUCAGCGGAUACACACAGGUGAAAAGCCAUACCAGUGCCAGUGGCCAGAGUGCGAAUGGAGAUUUGCCCGGAGCGACGAGUUGACCCGUCAUUAUCGCAAGCACACAGGUGCUAAGCCGUUCAAGUGCGCUGUCUGUGAGAGAUCAUUUGCACGGAGCGAUCAUUUAGCAUUGCACAUGAAACGGCAUCUUCCUAAGCAACAUGCCAAGUGACAAGAGACCACCUCAGUCGAUCAGCAUCAGCCUUAUUUCGAAUUACCAUUCGAAUUACCGAGUAAUCAGAGUCUCAGUCUCAGUCAUCAAGACUGGUCGUCUUGAAGACAUAUCAACUAUCAUGCUUGAUGAGUUUAGAUUAUCAUGACCACGACCACGAUAAUGAUGAUGAGCUACAGCCACUCAUAUACAUCUAAUGAGAUUUAUAUCCACCGGACGUAUUAAGGCCAUUUCUUCUUGCGCUUAUCGUUCUUGCGCUGUCAUUACUGUCUUUUCUCAAUUUACUAAUUAAUUAACUAAUAAAUACUCUAGCAAUCGCACGCGUAAAAUACUUGCCCUGUACUUAAUUGUUUACGGUGGCUGGUCCACGAUUUAAAUACAUAACAAGCCUCGUUCUUUACACGCAAAUGUUCAUCACUGAAAACUUUUUUUUAAAAUUUCGAGCUGCGGGUCGUGAGAACGAAAAGCAAAAGAAGAUUUAAAUUAACGGCUUUCAUUAAAUUUUAAUUGUUAUUAUCAAUUUUAAUAUUAAUAUUGCGUCCACUGAAAAACAACCACCGCGACUUAAUGUAGAUUUAAAAUUAUUGAUUUAUAUUAUAUAUAUAUAUAUAUUAAUAUAUAAGUAAUAAUAUAUCCAAAGACUACGUUGCCGAAUGUCCUGGGGACGUGUUUUUUUGUUUAGUACUAAAUUUUAAAAAAAAUGGACAAACUUUUUGUCGGAAUUUUAAGAAUUAAUAAUUAAUUGACUAGAAAAUAGAGCCCAGUACUGCAGCAAAUGUCACAAUAUGAAUUUAAUGCACCUUUUAAAAAUAAUAAUUAUGAUUAUAAAAUAUAAAAAUAUUUAAAUUAUAUGAAAUUGUAAUUACGGUCCUCUCUUCGCGCCUAAUUAUGUAUAGCGAGUUUUAAAACUAAAAUUAAAUUAAAAAGUGUAUUGUUAUUAUUUUAAUUGAUUAUUAAUAUUAUUAAUAUUAGUAUGGUAAUUAUGAGGGACGACGGAGAGGGGAUUUAUUAAUCCGUUUGUGUAAAUUAAAAUGUCCUAGUCGGAGCAGAUGUACAAAGAUGUACUUACAGCUAAUACUAGAUUUAUGUUGUCCGAGUAGUAAUUAGUACUACGGGAUUUUAAAAUUAUAAUUAAUUAAUUGAUGGCCGAUUGGCUGAAAAUGUAUUAAUUAAAUAUUAUAAAUAAAAAUACAAAAA